CCCGUGGGGCUGCUCCGGGCUCAGUCCCUCCCGCCGCGAACCGCCCCGGGCGGCGGCUGCAGCUGCACCGGUCGCGGGACAGAUGCAAGUAGCCGGGGACAGGGGUGUUUUUGGUCCGUUGGAGAUGUCAGUCAGGGCCCCGGAGGAAAUUAGCAACGGCGAGCGAGUGCUGGGCGCGCGGCGCCUGGAGCCGCCCUUGGCUGUGGGCCGCCGCCGGGGCCUAACGCAGGCGGGAUGGCGCGCGCGGGCUCUGCACAGCCUUGGAGCCCAACCCGCUGAGGGCCAGGUUCCGAUCCGUCAGUGGAUGCUAGCUCUGGGCGACAGCGCCAGGCCUACGGCUCUAGCUAGUGGGCGGGUAUCCUGAUCAGGCUGCGCAGCCAUCACUGUCCCCUCCCCCAUCCAGUUUGUGAGUACCUAGUUUCUAAGGCAGGUAGCCCCCAACCCUGAUCAGUUAUUUUUCCCCCACGUGUUUUAUUAUAGCCAAAUGCUUUUUUCUUUUUGGAGUCUUUCCCCAUCUUCUCACCGCCUCCCUAGCACUCAAUUGGAGAAAUUAAGCCGUUAUCAGUUGCUUAGGAGACGCACAGCGCUGUACCUGGAACCUGAUAGCUAGUGUUGUGUUUUAUAAAUUAGCUCCCGUAUCCCUCUAAGGGAUUGAACUUGGCGUUCUAGCAAGUCCUUUAAAAGCUGCGGAGCUGUUGAUUGACAGGAUUAAAGUACAUCUUGGAAUCUGGGUUUUCAGAACUGAAAGGGACCUUAAGUAAAAUGGAGUUCAUCCCUCUCAUUUCACAGAAGACACCGGACCUAAAGAGCAUAGUGUUGCUUGAUCAAGAUGAUCAAGGUGCAGCCCUUUCAGGGUUAGGCUUUAGGGCUGCAGACACUUUUUGUGCCAGGACGGCAGUGCUGGUUCAUCCUGCUUCGGACAGUGUAUCCCCCAGAAGUGAUUGCACUUGGCUUGCAGGACCUCUCAGGUUGAUUGGGAAGUUCGGCCUGGCUAUUGAGAGUAGCGGAUAGGACAGUGUUUCAGGUAGCCACACUAGUUGCCACAGAAGUCGGGCAGUGCACGCCUUUAAUCCCAGCCCUAGAGAGGAGUAUAAAAUGGGAGGAGACAGCUCUCAGACACAGUCUCAUUCUGAGAUUCCUGGAGGCAGGAUCGCCAUUUUCAGACUGAGAUCGAGAGCCACAAUGGAUACUGCUAGCCAUAGCCUUGUCCUUCUGCAACAGCUGAACAUGCAGCGAGAAUUUGGUUUUCUGUGUGAUUGCACAGUUGCUAUUGGAGAUGUUUACUUCAAAGCCCACAGAGCGGUACUUGCUGCCUUUUCCAACUAUUUCAAGAUGAUAUUUAUUCACCAAACAAGUGAAUGCAUAAAAAUACAACCAACUGACAUCCAGCCUGAUAUAUUCAGCUACUUGUUGCACAUUAUGUACACAGGAAAAGGGCCCAAACAGAUGGUGGACCACAGUCGUUUGGAGGAAGGGAUCCGAUUUCUCCAUGCUGACUACCUUUCCCACAUUGCAACUGAAGUGAAUCAAGUGUUCUCACCAGAGACUGUGCAGACCUCAAAUCUCUAUGGUAUUCAGAUUUCAACAACCCAGAAAACAGCUGUCAAACAAGGGCUGGAGAUGAAAGAAACUCCUCCUAGUAGCAGUGGGAACAGAGCUGCUGUCCAAGGUGACCACCCACAGCUGCAGCUCUCCCUUGCAAUUGGGCUGGACGAUGGGAGUGCAGAGCAGCAGAGGGCCCAUCCUGCUGCCCAGGCCUUGGAGGAGCACCAGAAGCCCCCGGUGUCCAUCAAACAGGAGAGAUGUGAUCCAGAGUCUGCGAUCUCUCAAGGCCUCUCCUCGUCCUCAUCAGAAGUGACUGGCCCCUCUUUUACAGAAAACAGUAUCAAAGUCCACUUAUGCCAUUACUGUGGGGAGCGUUUCGAAUCCCGUGGUAACCUGAGACAGCACCUCCAUACCCAUGUGUCUGGAUCUCUCCCGUUUGGUGUCCCUGCUUCCAUUUUGGAAAGUAAUGACCUUGGUGAAGUGCAUCCACUUAGUGACAGCAGUGAGGCUCUUGACUGCCGGAGGCUUAGCUCCUUCAUUGUCAAGGAGAAGGAGCAGCAGCAGCCACCACCAGAGCACUCGAGCCGGGGUCCUGCGGAGCCUUUACAGAUCAGUCAAGUGUCUUUGAUCUCCAAAGACACAGAGCCAGUAGAAUUAAACUGUAAUUUUUCUUUUUCAAGAAAAAGAAAAAUCAGUUGUACUAUCUGUGGUCAUAAAUUUCUUCGAAAGAGUCAGUUACUGGAACACAUGUAUACUCAUAAAGGUAAAUCUUACAGAUAUAACAGGUGCCAAAGGUUCAGGAAUUCACUGGCCCAGAGGUUUCAGCAGUAUUGUGACAGCUGGCCCGAUGUCCCCCUGAAAAGUUCUCGCUUGUCACAAGAACAUUUAGACUUGCCUUGUGCCUUAGAGUCGGAGCUCACACCGGGAAGUGUGGAUACCAUCCUUGUCGAGUAGCAGCUUCUCCUUUAGAAUUUUAUACCAGUCUUGGAAAAGAUUCAUACGCCAUUUUAAAUUCAUAAAUUAUUUACUUCCUCGUGGUCUGUUGACUUAAAAUAAUCUGUCCCUGGUUUUGAGGUUUACAUACCAGUUCUUAUUAUAAGACAUGGUUAUCAAAUGUAACUUUCCAAUUAUCCUAUGAACUUUUCUAUAAAUUAAAUAAUUUGAAAAUCAGAA